AUGGCUUCUGCAUCGCAUGGCCUUUUGCAACCUCCGCAGCAGGACUUCGACAACGCGUCGGAGUGGCCGGCGUGGAUACAGACGUUCGACGACUAUCGCUACGCGUCGGGCCUGAACGAGCGCUCGGAGGAGGCACAAGUGCGCGCCUUGCUCUAUACCAUGGGCCGGCAAGCACGGGACAUCUUUUCAACGUUUCACCUCUCGGAGGACGAUGCGAAGAAGUUCGACGUCGUCAAGAAGAGGUUUGACGAGUACUUCGUCAAAGACCGCAACGUGGUGCAUGAGAGCGCUCGCUUCCACAGGAGACAGCAGAUGCCCGGAGGAACCGUCGACCACUUCAUGACAGCGCUACAUGUUCUGGCGGACCGGUGCGACUUCGGCGACAGCGAGGAACGCCUCGUGAGGGACCGGUUCGUCGUCGGCCUUCGAGACGAGAAGCUCUCAGAGGCUCGUCAAAUGGACGGUAAGCUGAAUCUGGCAACGGCUCUAGCGAAAGCGCGACUGAAGGAAACUGUACAGAUGCAACAAGAAGAGCUUGGUGGCCCGGAAGGCGCCGGCAACGCUUCCUUGUUCCAGGAGUGCGGCGAGCUGGGAGUUAACGCCGUCGGGCAUCAAAGAAGCCAGCAGAAAAUAGUCACCGGAAAUCAAGGUUCACGCUCCAUCUUCUGCGGGGGCCGCUACCACGCGAGGACUGCCUGCACCGCAAAGGCACAGAAGUGCCACAACUGCGGUAUCAAAAACCAUUUCAGCAAGGCGUGUCUCAAGAAGGCUUCACAACGGCGACAGGUGCUCCGUGACUUGGUCCGCAAGGUGCCGGAACUGCCUAACCUGUGCGUAGGCAACGUCAGGUUCGAACGCAUGGCACAACUGCACACUCAGUUGAGUUCGCAGCAAACGAGCCUGUCGGUGCCACUCAGAACGUAG